AUGGCGAAGCUGACAUGCAAGUUUGAGAGGGAAGAGGUCCCCGAGCAGCUAGCAAGGCAUGUGAGGAGCGAUGGGGAAGAAGCACAGCAUUAUUGUGAUGUUAGGGUUUGCUGCUGCUGCUGCUGCUGCAUCCAUGUUUUUGCGACCAACGUGUUCGCAAGAAAUGUGGCAAAUGUGAGGCGUGACGAAGACGAGAAGUUCCAGACUGUCGGGAAGGAAGGGUCCUUCGGUGGUGGAGUCGGGGGAGGCGGUGGAUUUGGGGGUGGGUUCGGUGGCGGUGCCGGAGGGGGUUUUGGAAAGGGAGGAGGCAUAGGUGGUGGGAUAGGUAAGGGCGGGGGCUUUGGAGGUGGUGCGGGUGGUGGUUUCGGAAAAGGUGGCGGUAUAGGAGGUGGUGCCGGUGGUGGUUUUGGGAAGGGUGGCGGUGCUGGUGGUGGUAUAGGUAAAGGAGGAGGUUUGGGAGGCGGUCAUGGAGGUGGGAUUGGAGGAGGAGGAGGCUUAGGAGGUGGUCAUGGCGGCGGAAUUGGUGGUGGAAUAGGUAAGGGAGGGGGUUUAGGAGGUGGUCAUGGAGGUGGGAUUGGAGGAGGAGGAGGCUUAGGAGGUGGUCAUGGCGGCGGAAUUGGUGGUGGAAUAGGUAAAGGAGGGGGUUUAGGAGGUGGUCAUGGUGGUGGGAUAGGUGGAGGAGGAGGUCUAGGUGGUGGGCAUGGCGGAGGUUUUGGGAAGGGUGGCGGAAUUGGUGGUGGAAUAGGUAAGGGAGGGGGUUUAGGAGGUGGUCAUGGUGGCGGGAUAGGUGGAGGAGGAGGUCUAGGUGGUGGGCAUGGCGGAGGUUUUGGGAAGGGUGGCGGAAUUGGUGGUGGAAUAGAAGGAGGAGGUUUAGGAGGUGGUCAUGGUGGCGGGAUAGGAGGAGGAGGAGGUCUCGGAGGUGGGCACGGUGGCGGCAUAGGUGGAGGAGGAGGACUAGGAGGCGGGCACGGUGGUGGAAUCGGAAAAGGUGGUGGCUUUGGAGGUGGCAUUGGAAAAGGCGGAGGUAUUGGAGGUGGUGGAGGUUUUGGAAAAGGUGGCGGUGGCGGUGUGGGGGGUGGAGCUGGAGGGGGCGGAGGUGCGGGAGGUGGCAUUGGGAAUGGUGGUGGUAUUGGUGGCGGCGGCGGCUUCGGAAAAGGCGGUGGCCUUGGGGGUGGCAUUGGCAAGGGAGGAGGAUUUGGAGGUGGCUUUGGAGGGGGUAGUGGUGGCGGCGUCGGAGGGGGCUUUGGUGGUGGAUUUGGUGGAGGAGCAGGAGGCGGGGGUGGAGGCGGUGGAGGAGGCGGUGGUGGCGGCGGCAUCGGACACCACUGAACUUCGUCACGUUGUAUGCAACCAAUUAAUGAAUGGCAAAAUCUCUCAAGUAAUCAAAUAUUAUGAUAUGUUAGUAAAAAAAAAAAGAAAGAAAUUCAAAUGUUAUGGUAUAUUAUCACUGUAUUACAUGUACUUCUAUAGUAUUAUUGCAACUAUCGGGGGGAAGUUUCUGGGAGGUCUAGAUGAGUGAGAAUUAAAAUGGCAAAGGAGAGGCAAUGGUGUUGAUUUUUCUGUACCUGUUAAUUCUUAGUGAAGAUUAUUUACAGUUGUACGUUCUUCUGGAAAUGGCCCCUUUUUUGUACAAUAACCGGAAUGAUGUUAUUAGUUUUUUA